UCUAUGAACAUUGUCAACCCAGAAGGUUCUUCAUUUCAGCAGGCAGCACCUUACCAUCCCUGCAAGAAAAAUGGAGCAAAGCAGCACCAGUGGUGGUUUUGUGAGCCAGGAUUCAACCACUCCAUCCCAGUGGACAGAAGCCACAACAGUGAAUGAAACCGAUAAGUGGUUUAACUCAACGUGUGGCACCACUCUGGUCCCAGAAUUGGUAAACCUCAUCAUUGCCCCAGUUGGGCUGACAGGAAAUGCAGUUGUGCUCUGGCUCCUGGGAUUCCAAAUGCACAAGAAUGCCAUUUCAGUCUAUAUCCUGAACCUGGCUGUGGCUGACUUCCUGUUCCUCAGCUGCCUAAUUUUAUCUUCUAUGAUGGCUGUCAUUGACAACUUCACCUUAUUCUCUGUCAUCUUAAGCACAAUGACAAUAAUUUUCUACACUGCAGGACUGAGCAUACUUAGUGCCAUUAGCACUGAGCGCUGCCUGUCAGUCUUAUGGCCCAUCUGGUACCACUGCCACCGCCCAAGACAUAUGUCAGCAGUCAUAUGUGCCUUGCUCUGGGCCUUGUCUCUGAUACUGAACAUCCUAGAAUUGUGUGUCUCUCUACUUCUAGUCACAUCUUAUGAUUUGCACUGGUGGAAAAUUGUGGAUUUCAUCAUAGCUUCAUGGCUGUUUAUUUUAUUGAUGAUUCUCUCUGUGUCCAGCUUGGCACUACUAGUCAGGAUGUUCUGCAGUUCUAGGCGGAUGCCACUGACCAGGCUCUAUGUGACCAUCUUGAUAACAGUGCUGGUCUUCCUUAUCUGUGGGCUGCCUUUUGGCAUUUCCUGGUUCCUGGUAAGCUGGCUUACUCCUGUUCUUUUUCUCUUCUGUUAUAUUCAUCCAGUUACAUUAGUUCUAUGCUGUAUUAGCAGCUGCACCAACCCCAUUAUUUACUUCUUCAUUGGGUCCUUUAGGCAACAGCGGCAACGGAGAACCCUCAAGCUGAUUCUCCAGAGGGCUUUGCAGGAUUCUCCUGCUGUAGGUAACUAUGGAGACAGCAAUUCUCAGAGAACCCUGGAGAUAUUGGAGAGCAGAAUGUUAGAGUGAUCCUGAAGCCUCUCUUUUGAUCAGACAAAUGUGGUUUUGAAAGUCCAUAGCACAGUCAUCUUACACUCUGGCUUUAUAAGUGUCUCAGUGAUUUGCAAUGCCUUCAAAGUGAGCCAGAGCCAAAGAAACUUAAGACUAUGG